AUGGCCAAUUUGGGCCUGCAGUUGCUGAACUUUUCCAUGGCUCUGCUGGGCUGGGUGGGCCCUGUGGCCUGUACCACCAUUCUGCAGUGGCAGAUGAGCUCAAGUGUGGGCAACAGCAUCAACACAGCCCAGGCCAUGUACAAGGGACUGUGGAUAGACUACAUCAUGCAGACCAUGGGCCUGAUGAGCUGUGAAAUACAUGACUUGGUGCUCACCCUGCCAGCAGCCAUACAGGCCCCUCGAGCCCUAAUGGUGGCAUCCCUUGUGCUGGGCUUCCUGACCAUGUGUGUGGCCACCAUGGGCAUGGAGUGCAUGUGCUGUGGGGAAAAUGACAAAGUGAAGAAUGCCUGUAUAGCUGAUAUGGUUUGA